AUGAGCUCGGUGGCCGAUUUAUUUUGGAACAAGAUGACGAUACACUCAUUUAAUUUAUUUGAAGCGCACUCUGAACAUAAUCGACAUCUUUAUACCAUCACCGCCUUUGCCUUUGUACCUCAAGAUGACAAACCUGAAAAUGAGGGCAUCCAUCAUCGUCCGAGAACCACCAUCGUCGCUUCACCACUAUCACUGCCUCAUCUCCGAACAAAAUAUGACCACCUACAGCAGGAAUGGAAGGUAUUUCAUAUGAUUUGGAACCUAAUCGACCAGGUACUUCUGAUGAUUGCGGGAAGGCGAAGGCGUGAUCGUACACCCCCUUAUGUUUUAUGAUUUGAUUCUGGGAUACUCUGACACUAAACCAUUUUGAAAACAAGUUUUGUAAUAAUUAUUGGUUUUGAAAUGUUUUAAAAAGUUUAAAUUUGGCAUGAUUUUUAUGGAUGUUACACCAAGGCCUUGGGGUUGCUUCAACGCCCUGGAGUCUAGAAGUGAUGAAAGAUCAGUCCUCUCUCAGCAACAAACUUAGAUCAUUGUCCCCUUUUUCCAAGAGCCUUUAAGAGCUUGAUCUUUCCAAGAACACACACAAGCACACAAAAAACAUACUCAUACAUGUUUCACUCUAUGGGGUUGGAGGCUGGAAAAUGAGGGCAACCAUACUCACAAGAUUGCUUAAAUAGGGACAAGGCCCGAGACCUAGGGUUUUGAACCCAACCGUCAUCGAGUCAUGGCCAACACUCUACCUCAUUGUGGUUGGCUUACUUGACACGGUUCAUUAAAUGAGGUGGUUGAGCCAUGGUGGUCCUCCGCCAUUACGCCACGGUCAGUCAAAAGUCCCAAAAACUUCAAGACUUGAAAUAAUUAACCGAAAAGAAAAAUACCCAAAAAUCGGAUGUUACAUCGGCUAAAGAAACUCAGUGGAAGAUGCAAUGAGGAUGAUGGAAUCUAUAUAUAAAAUAAGGUAUGUGGUGGUAUGUUGUAACGCCCGCGUUUCUGGCUAAGCAUUAAUAAGAUG